AUGCCCAAUUACAUCUUGCCAAGCCGUUUUCUUGCCGUUUUUCCGCGCUCCGUUGAGCCGGGAGUUGACAGGGAGCCUGCCAGCGAACUGAUGGUCACCAUUGUCAAUAAAAUCCUCGAAUUCUUUAUGGUCUGUGAGUUUGUUCUUGUUCCACUUCUCGUCUUCUUGAUUCUCCGGUAUUCCAAGUCGCUAAGCCGCUACAAGUACUACCUCCUCAACAACGUUGUGUGGAGCUUCGCGUUCGGCGUGUUCGUCUUCGUCAUCAAGCCGGUCUUUCAUUAUCCAGCGCCCUGUGUUCACUCUGAACUGGAAUAUAGUCCAAAGCCCGGAGUGGCGUAUGACGUGCUCGCCUUCCUCUUCAUGUACUGCUUGGCAAAUGCAGUGCUCAGCAUGGUGUGGACGUUGAUCUUUCGGUUCGCGUGUGUAAGUUCAUAACUGCAGGGGAAUUGAACAGCUAAAUGGUUAAAAAGCAAAGCAAAUUUGAGACAGGCCGGCCCGGUAUAGGCAUUUUUUCCUACAGGGGAAGUACCCCAAGUGCAACGCUCUCAUUUUGAUGAAACUCGGCACAAAUUUAGAAUAAUUUUUUAAAAAAUAUACGCGAGAAUUCUAGCUCGCGCUUCACAGAAACAACAAAGAUUUUUAGGUCGAAAGUCGGCCAAAAUUUAAGACUUCUUGCCGAAUCUCGGCACGAAAAGUUUCAUCCCUAUUUCUACUGUAAAGGAUAAGGUUUCUACAAAAAAUCAAACUUUUACGCUCUUAAACUGCCAAAGUUAUGGCCAAAAAGCGCUUUUCUCUCAAAGCGCGAGCUAAAACUUUGAGGAAUUGCUAUGCCAGGAACGUCUGCAAAAUUUAAAGAAAAUCUGUCGCACUUGGUGUACCUCCCUUGUAACUUUCAAUUUUUUCUGAUUCUUCUGAGCCUUUUGCUAGCUAACUAUCAGAAUUCCUACUUAUUCCAAUUUCAGGUAUACCACAGCCGCCCCUCCGAGUUCAUCCUUCAUUCCAAGUACACUUGGCUGCUCUACCUUCUUGGCCACAUCCUCUUUGGCUGUAUAAUGUUCCAAAUGGUGGUGGUCGGUCGAAUUCGUGAUCCUCAAGAAGCGGCAUCCGAACUGGUGAGACGAGUUCCACAAUUUGCCAACCGAACAAAGAACCUGUUCUUUGUCUGCUUCUACUACAGCGAUGAGAUGAUCAUUCUGUCCUACCUCAACAUUGCCGCUCUAAUUUUCGGGUUUUUGAUUGCGGCCUCUUUGCUUGCCCUGCUUUAUCAUCAUCUGCAUCGGAAUGUGUACGCGUUCCCAAAGAAGACGAUUAAAAUGCAGUUCAUGCUGUUCAAGGCGCUCUCAAUUCAGAUGGCCAACUAUUUUUUGUUGGAGAUUCUGCCUCUGGUUUGCGCCACUUUCGCCUUCGCCAUCUCCUACAGGUACGGAGAGCCACUCUUGUUGGUCGUGCUAACAGUCAUGGUGCUGCAUGGGAUUUUGGACUACUUGUUGAUGAUUUAUUUCAUCGCGCCGUAUCGACGAGCGCUGAUCCGAUGGCUCAAACUGGUGCCGGCCAGCGACUUUGUUCAGCACUUGACGCGCGUCGGAUCCUGA